UUGAUCAAGGAGGAAGAUGCACGGAGUUUCUAUGACAUUGAGGCUGAGGGUCCAGUGCAGGAGAUUUAUUUUGCCUCUGAAUCACAAAGUGGAAGUCUGAGUCUUAGAUCGGUACAAGAACCACUCAGCCUUGAUUUUUUCCUUGUGACCUCGACCCCUCACAGUGUCUGUGAUGUCACUCUGUCCACACCCUCGAUGUCCUUGUCACCGACAUCGCUUAUGUCUGUUGACUUGUCAUUUGAUGAGAUGGAGUUCUUGAGACCUAGUGGUCGACCACCAGUCGAGGAGAAAGUUCCUUUGCCACCUGUCUUGCCAAAACCUGUGGCCAAGCCCCACCUCCAACACCUGAGUUGUCUGAGGUGGAGGUUCCAACAGAGGAAUACAAGAGGCCUAGUGUUGCUGAGGCUAAGAAACGGUUUGACCAGCCAGAAGGAGUAUCAAGCACCACCAGCUAAGGUGCCCAAACCUGCUGAAGCACCAGCACCCAAACCAACAGCACCUCCUGUUCCUGCUUCAAAGCAGCAGUUCUUUAUACCCAGGGAGAAAUCUCCAAGCUAUGAGAUCCAAGAGACGGGACCAGUCCAAUUAAUCAGCUAUGCAUCAGACACAGAAUGUGGCUACUUAAGACUUAUGGAUGAGCAGGAUCUAGAGAGACCACCAUUCUUUGAGAAAAGGCAGCUAUCAGAGCCACCAGUCAUGCCAGAAAAAAGGAAGCCAGAACAACUUCCUGUAAUUGCUCCUAAACCUGUUGCACCUGUAAAGGUACCUCCAGCAGUAGCACCAAAGCCAAAGCCACCCAGCAGACCAGUGGUACCAGCACAGGUACAACAACCUGAGCCACAGCCACCAUUGCUCAAACCAGAACCUGUAACUACAACUUUACAGUUUCAGCCCAAAGAGAAAGAAUACAGGCAUGUGGAGCCUCCUAAAUCUAAACCAGAACCAGUCAAACAUGUGGUGACAUUUGCAGCACCUCCACCACCUUCUCCGCCCAGUGCUCCUGUGGUCAAAGCUGCACCUUCACCCCUACCCCCUACAGCCCCUAAACCCACUCAGGUGGCACCCACACAGCCUAAAGCACCACGUGUUCGUGUGCGUAAACAAGCCUCACAUGAGGCUAAAGUGCCUAUAGUGCUGAAGCAGGAGCCCACACCAUGGUGGCCUGAGCACAUUGAUGUCCCCAUGGUGGUGGAAGAAGUUGAAAAGAGAGACAGUGAGGAAUUUGAGAGUGCAGUGCGGGAAUAUAUCCGACGAGAAGGCCAAGCACCACCACUUGAAGACUUGUAUGACAAGACCAAAGGCAGACCACCCAAAUUCAAGACUCAGAUCAAAGAUCUCCUAACUCUGAAAGAAAACGAGCCAGCACAUUUUGAGUGCAAGCUUGUACCUAUAGGUGAUCCCACAAUGAAAGUUGAGUGGUUUAAAGAUGGAGAACCUUUGCAUCAUGGUACACGGUACAAGCCUGAGUAUGACUUCGGCUUUGUCAGCCUUGGCAUACAGUGGGUAAAUCCUGAAGACUCAGGUGUUUACACUUGCCAUGCCACCAACAACUAUGGUGAAGACUCUACCUCUGCUACUAUAAAGUGCAAAGCACUGCGUUCUAUCAUAAUGGACACACAGCUUCCUGGGGAGGGUGCCACCCGCCUGCAGGAGAUGGAGGAACACUGGCGCAGCCAAAUGAUUCUGGAAGAACGUUAUUUAGAGGAACCACAAACACGAUCACCACCAUUGUUUGACCUGAAACCUGAACCAGUAGAAACUGGUGAAGGCGAGCCUGCCAAAUUCCUGGUAAAGGUUGGAGGAUUUCCUAGACCACGUGUCAGCUGGUGGAUCAAUGGCAGUCUUAUUGUCAGUGGCACUCGCUUCAAGCUGACCUAUGAUGGCAUGAUGCAUCACUUAGAAAUACCUCGCGUGAGAGAGUAUGACGCUGGACAAAUCCGUGUUGUUGCCAAGAACUCAGAAGGCGAGGCAGAAUGCAGCACUUCCCUUCAAGUCUUGCCCAGAGAAGACUGGCGUGCUCGUCUUCGACAGGCACCUAAAGGAGAAUUAGAAAUUGAACUGGAACGGCGCAGAAAAAUAGAACUGCGUAGUGUUGAACUGGAUAAAGCUUUUAAGAAACCCAAGGCAACAGAGUUUGAAUUGCGCCAGUUGGAAAGAGCUGCAGAAACAAAGAUUCGAGUUCAGAAGGAUCAGGAAGUGAUCACAACUGAACGUCAGUACAUCAGUGUCCACUCACAGCUCCGCCACCUGGAACCCAGCAUGCAGGCAGAGCCUGUAUUUGUCAGACAGGUAACUGUGGAAACCAUUCGCCCAGAAGAACCUAGCAAAGUAUCAGAACAGCAGAUUACACUUGAGCGUGGCCAGCCCCCAGUGUUCACUAAACCUCUGAGACCUGUCAGGGUGCCUGAGGGAAGUGGUGUCACGCUUGAAGUGACCUACACUGGAAUCCCACCACCCAUUAUAUCCUGGUACAGAGACAGUUUUGAGAUUCAACCAUCACGAGACUUCCAGAUUACAACUACAGAAAAUAGCAGCACACUUCACAUCCCAGAAGUGUUCUUGGAAGACUCUGGAGUUUUCUCCGUCAAAGCUUACAACAAAUUUGGACAAGUUCAAUGCAAAGCCAAGUUAACUGUUGUUGAAGCAGAAGAGCCACAGCGUGAAAUAUCGCCAGAAUUCCGCAGCUUGAUGCGGGACAGUGUGGUCACACAGGGUGAACCGGCAACCUUCGACUGUCAGGUAGCUGGAAACCCAUCUCCUAAAGUUCAUUGGCAGAAGGAUGGCCGUCCUCUUGGAGAAAGUCACAGGUGGAAAUUCAUAGAUGAAGACGAGAAUCAUACUUUGGUCAUUUAUGAAGUUCGGCCAGAAGAUGCUGGCCUGUAUGCAUGUGUGGCCAUUAAUAGUGUGGGGAAGUCCACCUGUACUGCCAGACUCACUAUUGAAAUACCUAUCCAGCCUCCAGAGCAGCUGGGACCUACUCCUCAGUUGGAAUCAAAAAUUGAAGCCCCAUUUGUGAUGGAAGAACCUCGGUCUGUGGAGGUGGAGGAAGGUGAACCUGUCAAAUUCACCUGCAGAAUUACAGGUCGUCCAGCUCCAGUAGUAACCUGGUAUCGCAACAAUCAGCUGGUGAAACCAUCUAAGUAUUUCCAGAUGUCAUCUACCACAGAAGGUGUGCACAUAUUAUCCAUAAUGGAGGCUUUUCCAGAAGAUACUGGCACCUACAAAUGUGUUGCUCGUAACAAGUCAGGGGAAGUGGCUUGCAUCACUGUCCUUAAGGUCCAUGGUCUGGAAAGUGAGCCAGAGCCCAGCCAGCCCAUGGCAACUGCUCAGCCACCAAGUUUUAUCAAGCCUGUAGCCAACACCAUGGUACCCGAGGGAACACCAGCUCGUUUUGAAGCUGUUUUCUCAGGAUACCCCACUCCUGACAUUUCCUGGAUCCGUAAUGGCAUCCAAACACUCCACAGCUCAAGAGAGUACAAGAUUGAGACGAAAGACAGUCUGACAUCUCUGACUAUCUUCAAGGCUAUGCCUGAGGAUACAGGACUCAUUACCUGCCGAGCAAAGAACCAGGCUGGUACAGCUGAAUGCUCUGCAGAACUUUAUGUGCAGCAGGUACCUGAAUCCACAGAAACUGCUGCACCACUAGUUGCCAGAGAUGAAAUCACCGUCACUUUGGAGGGUCUGGAAGCACCAGCCACAGAAACUGUGGCCCCAGAAAGAUUUGAGGUCACAGCUGUGGAGACAAUUGCAGAAAAACCUGUUGAGACGGAGGAUGUUUCACCUAAACUUGUUACCCGAGAAACAGCAGAGGCUAUUUCUCGUGAAGAAACCCAGGAAGAAGCACCUCUUCCUGAGUCUCAAGAGGCAGCAAAAGAAUUCACUACUGCAGAGAGAUUUGAAACACUCAUCACAGAAAUUGAAGAGGCAUUUGUGGAGGUCUAUCAACAAGAAGCAUCAGAGGUUGUUGAAGAGAAAGAAUUAGAAAAACCUUCUGUAUCUGGUGUAUCACUAAUAGAAUCAGUACCAGAGGAGGAAGAGGAGGGCUUUGAAGUUGUUGGACUGCCCCAAGUGGAAGAAUCUCAGGAGGAGGUUGUACUCAAGGGCCAUGCUCCCACAUUCCUGCAACCAUUGCACAAUGUGGAGGCUGUGGAAGGACAACCAGUAUGUUUUGAGACCACAGUUACUGGCUUCCCACAGCCUGAGGUCACCUGGUUCCUUGAUGGAGAGCCCAUAAAGGAGUCACCUGUAUAUCACAUUGUUGCAGAUGCUACUGGCUUAUGCAUUCUUGAACUGCAUGAAUCAUUCCCAGAAGAUGAGGGCGAAUAUGAGUGCCGUGCAUCCAACAAAUUUGGAACUGCCAGCACAAAAGCAGAUCUCUAUAUCCAAGAGCGAGCAGAAGAAAAAGAUGAGACGCUUGUAGUUGAAGAAAUCCUUUCUGAAAAAGAAAAAUUAGUCACUGCAGAAGAAGAAAAAGAUGAGGUCUCUGAUGAAGAGAGGAAAGAAGAAACACUGGAAGAAUUGAAACCCCAUGUAGCUGAAGUGGAGGAGCUACGCUUUGCACCAGAGAUUCGUAUGGGACUUGAAGACAUUUCAACUUUGGAUGGGGGCCAGGCACAGUUCACUGCCAAAAUUGUAGGUGUUCCACAGCCGGAGGUCACAUGGUACAAAGAAGAGGAUGUCAUUUUCAGUUCAGAAGUUUUUGAAAUCAUCCAGGAUGAUGAGAACAACUUCAUUCUCUUCAUCCAUGAUGUUAUGCCAGAGGAUGCAGGCAGAUACAGCAUUGUGGCCAAGAAUGAGAUGGGGACUGCUACUUCAUCUGCUCAGCUGACAGUUACAGCUGAGGAAGUAAUUGAAGAAGCUCGACCAGAAGACAUAUCAGGACUUGCUCCAGAAUUCAUUGAAAAGCCUCGCUUUCAGAGUGUGGAAGAAGGCACUACCGUAAUUUUCAAAGCAAUUGUUGAAGCCAUCCCUCAGCCUGAGAUUCACUGGACUAAAGACAGUGGUGAGCUUCCUGAAGAUGAGCGUUACCAAGUGAUGGUUACUCAGGGUAUCACAUCUACUGUUCAUCACAUUUCCUUGACUGUCGCUGAUGUUACUCCACAAGAUGCUGGAACAUACCGUGUAACAGCAUCCAAUCAGCUUGGCGAAGAAAGUGUGGCAGUUUCUCUCAUAGUGAAUCAGCUCACUGAGGUGAAGAAAGACUUCAGAGACCAGCUGCAGCGUGCUGACCUGGAGAUACCAGAGAAACCAAUUUCUGUAGACACUGAGCAGGUUGAUUUACGUGGUCAGCUUAAGUCUGAAGUGAAAACUAGAGUAGGCAUCAUUUAUGAAAGUCAACAGAUUGACUUCCGAAAUCUUUUGCGAAAGACAGAUCAAAAGGCAAAGAAAUUUGAAGCAGAUCUUACCACAGCUGAGACAGUAGAGACCACAGAAGAGCUGCUAGAGGAACAGCCUGAGCAAGCUGCUAUUGAGGAAGUCACAACUGAGAUUACACUACCUGAAGAAACAAGGCCAAAGUUUCUUGUGCCUAUUCAGGACUUAACCAUCAAGGAAGGAGAAGUGGCAAGGUUUGAUUGCCAGGUCAAGUGUGAACCUGAGGCAACACUAGUGUGGUACCAUCUGCACAAACCUAUCAAAUCUGAUGACAUCUACAAAAUAGUCCCUGGAGAGGAUGGCUGGAGCUCCCUUAUCAUUGCUGAGGCAUUCCCUGAAGACUCUGGCAUCUACACUGUUCGUGCAGUGAACAGCAUAGGAGAGAAUGAAUGUUCAGCUGUUCUUACAGUUGAAGAACUUGUGUCAGAGGUUAGCUCAGUUGAAUCUCACCUAGAUGAAGAACAGGAGCAACCUAUACCUGAGACAGUGGCUGAAGAGGCAGCCAUCAAGAUCCAGGCUGCUUUCCGUGGCUUCAUGGCAAGAGAACAUGUCAAAAUCAUGAAAGAAACAAAACUUUCCUUAGAACAUGAAGUCAUUAUGCAGGAGAUGGCCAUUACUACAGAAGAUUCCACCAUCUACACACCCUCCAUGGAUGUUGUACCCGACACAACUGCUAUCAGCAGUGAAGAAGUUCAGUUCAGUCUCUUGGAGGAGACUAAGCCUGAGGAAAAAAGUGAAGUUUUCACAGUGGCAGAAGUUGAAGAAGAUCAUAUUAUUGAAGAAGCUGAAAAAGAAAUCAUAGAAGCUCCUGAAGAAAUAUCACCUGAAAUUAAGGAGGAAGCCAUAGAACCCCUAGAGGAUAUUGUGACUGUUAAGGCAAAAGCUGAAAAGGACAAAAUCCCAGAGGAAGUGAUAGUUGAAGAUAAGAUGGUUUUUGAAGUGGAGGAAGAAGAAAAGCCACUUCUUGAGACAGCUUUUGACAUUGUGGUAGAAGAGAGCAAGAAAACAGAGAUCACUGAAGUGACUAUUACAGAUCAGCAGCCUGAAGUGAAAGAAUUUGUGCUUUCCACAUCAGAUGAAGAUAUGCUUCCAGAGGUCAUAGAAGAACUUGAAGAACAGGGAUCACUCAAAGAAGAGACAGCAGUAGUCAUUACAAAAACUACUACACCUGAAAAAGCAGUUACAGACCUGGAAGCAUUAACAAAAGUUGAGGAAGUUCCUUCAGUGCCAUCUGAAACAAUUGAAGAUAUAUCUGUAAGAGCUAUUCCAAAACCAGAGACAGUUACUUAUGCUGAAGAAGAAACAGUUGAAGUACCAGUGGCUGCAGCUGCCUUGCCUACAGAAGUAUCUACAGAUUUCAUUUUAUCUGACACAAAGGAGCAGCUGCCAGAGAUCUCUGCUGAAACUGCAGCAGAGGAGACUUUGGAAGCAUCCACAGCUGAAAUAAAGGAAGAGGAGGUGACACUUACCAAAUCAUUUGAUGUUGAUCAGCUGACACAAGAGAGUGUUGAGGAAUCUGCAGGUAUCAGCACAGAAGGCAUACUACCUGACAUAGUUCAUAUUGAAGAAACAGUCAGAGAUCAAGCACAAGCUGAAGGUCCUAUUCCUGUGGAAGUAAAAGAAGCAGACACUGGAGAGGAGGAAGAGGAAACAGCUUUCAUGGCAGAAAUCGCACCACAAGAGACAGCCUUACAAGAAGAGAAACUAUUGGAGGAGACACUUGUCUCUUUUGUCACAGGUCACCAGCCUACAGAAACCAAAGAAAUCAUUACAACAGUACCAGAAGAAUCUGUUCAAGAAUUUAGAGAAGAGGAAGCAGAAGAAUAUGUUACAGAGGAGAGAGAAGAGAUUGAAAAAGAAACCACAUUGAUGAAAGAAGCUGAAAUUUCAGAGGUCAAGGAAGAGCUGUCAGUGAUGUCACCAGAACUUGUAUCAGAACUGGAAGAAGAGGUAAUGGAAGAUAUCACAGUUGAAGAAGAGCAAAGAGAAGAAUCUGCUGCGGUGGUAUUUGAUACUGAGGCUGCUGAAAUAAAAGAAAGCAUUAUGACAUUGCCUCUAGAGGAUACCAAAGGGAUUGAAGAAGUUGUUGAACAACUGAUAAGACCACAAGGAGAAAUAGCUGAGGAAGAAGCUGUUUUCAUUGCAGAAACUGAGACUGCCAAGUCUGAAGAAGAUAUGGUUGUGGCUCCCUCAGAUGGUGUCCAAGAGAUCAAAGAAGUUACUUCAGAAGCAUUUAAGGAACAGGAGGAAGUGUCUGAAACAGCUAUUGCUGUAGAAGCAGAAGCAGAAACUGCAGAAUCAAAAGAAGAGAUCUCUAUGAUGCCAGUUGAAGAGAUCAGCAGUCUUCAAGAGGAUGUCAUUAUGGAAGUAGUAAUGGAUCUUACAGAAGGGGCAGAGGAGGCUCAAGUUGCCAUUGAAGAUAUAGCAACUGUACAGUCAAAAGAACAAAUUACCCAAGAGGAAAUGGAAGAGAUGAAAGAAUUUCAGGAAGAGGUUACUCCAGAUCUUGUGACAGUGCAAAAAGAAGAAAUCCAGCCACUAGCUACUGCAACAGAUGUUGAAACAACUGUGGUUAGAGAAGAUGUUACCAUAACAUCAUUCGAUGAAACCCAAGAACUCAAGGAUGAGUUUAUUUCAGAGACUAUCACUGAAAAAGAAGAAAUGAAAGAAGAAGCUUUCACUGAUGUAGAUCAUGUUACACCAGCCAUAACAGAAGAGGAAGUUAUCACUUUGAUAGAGGCAGAUGUCAAAGAACUCAGCGAAGAGAAGCUCCCAGAAUUUGGCACAGAGGAGAAAGAACAUCCUAAAGAAAGUUUAACUGUAGAUGUUGCUCAGAAAACUGCUGAGACUAAAGAAAGCAUAGUUACAACAGUAAAUGAAGAAAUCCAGGAACUUGAAGAAGAGGCCAAACCUCAGGCAAUAAGUGAACUUGAAGAACAGCCUGGUGAAGCUGUCACAGAAGUUGUGUCCUAUGAGAUUGCCAAAAGUGAAGAAGAUAUUACAGUAACAACAGUUGAAUAUGUAAAAGAAGUAGACUAUGCCAUACAGGAAACUGCAACUGAACAAAAGGAGGAGACUGAGGAAGCCCUAAUUUUUGUUGGAGCAACAGAAACAGCUGAUACUGAAGAAACUAUUACCUCAGUUCCAGUGGAAGAGGUAAAAGAGCUUGUGGAAGUGCUUCUGCCAGAAAGUGUUCCUCAACAAGAAGUAGAAGUUGAAGAAGUUGUAGCGGUCAGUUUGGAUGUUGAAACUGCUGAGUCUAAAGAAGAGGUGACCAUAGAGUCAACUGAAUAUAUAGAAGAAAUUCAAGAAGUUACCAUGCCAGAAAAAGUGACAGAAAUUGAAGAAACUGAGAAAGUUAUCACAGGAGUUGAUGACAUCUAUCCUGCGAUAGCAAAAGAAGAGACAACACUAUCACCCACUGAAGAUGUGGGAGAAUUUGAAGAAAAGAUUGCAACAGAGAUUGUUACAGAGCUAAAAGAGGUAGCAGAAGAACACAUGCAUGAUAUUGUAGAUGCUAUGAUAACAGAGACCAAAGAAGGUGUUACAGGCACUCCCUUUGAAUAUGUUGGAGUUAUUGAGGAAGAAGCUAUCCCAGAAACAGUAAUAGAACAGAAAGAGCAGCUCCCAGAAACUGUGUCAGUAUAUGAAGAGACUGAAAUCACAAAAAUAGAGGAAAUGGCAACAGAACAGGUAGAAGAAGUGAUAGACCUUUAUAAGGAUGAAGAAGAAAUUGUAGAAGAAAAAGAUACUUUAAGGGAAACUGUCACUGCUGUGAAAGAUAUUACUCCAACUGAGACAACACCGAAAGUGACCACAUUGCCUGUAGAAGAUGUGGAGCAGCUAGAGGAGGAGAGAGCUGCAGAGGCUCUUGAAGAGCAAGAGGUUGUGGAACAUAUUUCCACUUUUGUGGAGGACAUGGUUACAUCUGAAACAAAAGAAGAUGCAGCCAUUGGUGAUGUAGAAAGUGUGACUGAACUCGAAAGGGAAAUGUACCCAGAGACUGUAGAAGAACAAGAGGAAUCCUUUGCUGAAGCAUCUUUAACUGUAGAGGCAACACAGGUCACUGAGGUUAAGGAAGAAACUGUACCAUCAGAGAAAGAAGGGAAGUUGGAAAAAGUGGCAGCAGAUGAAGUUGUGCCUGUGGUAGAAGAAUCUUUACAAGAAACACCAACCCUUAUGGACAUUCCUGUCAGUGAUGUUACACCAGAGUACAGACCAGCUGAAGAGGAAAUCACAGAGGAACUAGUUGGCACAGAAGAAAAACUUGCAGAAGUGUCUGAAGAAGAUGGCUCGACAGUCAUAUCUGUUUCUGACCAAGUUGUCUUUGAAGCUAAAGAUGUUAGUGAGAAACAAUCAGAAGAUUUAAUUGAAAAGCAGAUUGAUGACAUAAUUAGUGCUUAUCCAGAUGAAACAACACAAGAAGAUGUUGUAACACAAGUUAUGAUUGAAACAAAAGAUGUACUUACAGCUUUUGAAACACCUGAAUCUACUGUAGAAGGGGAGGGAGCAUUUGACCUGACUGAAAGACCUUCACCUGAUGAUGUUGAGGAAGAGAUCACAUUACAGACGGUUUUAGAACAAGAAAAGAUAGAGGAAGCAGAAAUUGAUGUGGUCAUUGAGGAUCAUGUUCCUACAGCCAAGCUUAUGGAGAGGCCUGAAGAAGAUAGAGUGGAUGCAAGAGAAGAUUUCUUCCUUGAGGUUGAAGAAAAGCCAGUUCCAUCAGAUACUGAGGCAGAAUAUGUUAUUUCAGCAGAAGACACAUCAACAAAAGUAGCAGUCUCUAUGGAACUCACAGAAGAAGCUGCAGGAGAUAAAACUUUUGCAAUUGAAAUAUCUAAAGAAGAGGUUUCAGUUAUUGCUGAGGCUGAAGAGGAAACUAAAGAAGCAAUAAUCACACACAUUACAGUAGAGCAAGCUCCAGAAGACACCACUUCUGCCACAAUGUCAAUAAGCAUACCUUCUGACACUGAAGCUGAACUCACAAUCCCAGCCGUUAUAGCAAGAGGUGUAGAUGUGCCAGGAGUUUCUGAGGCUAUAGACUUAAUCCAGGAUGAACAGGCUCCUGAUGUGGAGGGAGAGAUAGAGAUCACCCUGCCUGCACAGCCUGUCCAAGAAGAGGUUAUAUUUGAAGAGGAAGAAAAAGGACCUGAUGCCACAGAUUCCUUCACCCUACAAACCACUGUUCCUACUGUUGAAGAAGUUGCUGCAGCAAUCACACUAGAAGCCAAAGUUCCAAUCUUAGAAGAGGUUGCUGAAGAAAUCUCUCUCUCUCCCAAAGUUCCAGAGAGAAUGGAAGUAGCAGAGGCCAUCACAAUCCACACAGAAGAAGCUCCUGAAGCUCCUGUGACAGAAGAGGUCGAGGAGUCAGUUACAUUCGAAGUGGAACAUCCUGCAGAUAAAGAGAAGGAAGAGGUUUCUGAAGCAGUGAUACUGGAAACCCCUAUUCCUGUAAAGGAGGAAGUGGCUCAGACAGUCAUUCUGGAGUCUAAACCAUCAGCAGAAGAAGCUGUUUCCGAAGUUGUAGCAGAAGAAACUCUUCUGGCACCUCACUUUGACCAAACCUUGAACAACCAAGAGAUAACUGAGGGAGAAAAUGUAACCUUUGAAGUCAAGGUCGCAGGAACUCCAAAGCCAGAAAUAACAUGGUUCCGAGAUGAUGUGAGGAUCCAGCCUGAUGAAAGAUACAGGAUGUCAGAAGAAGAUGCUAUUUACACAUUUACUAUCACAGGUGCCACACUAGAUGAUGAUGCUGAAUAUACCUGCACUGCUAAAAAUGCAGCAGGCUCUGCAUCCACCACAGCAGAACUCUUUGUCAAUGCUGCUGGAGAAGCCCCAACCUUCAUCAGCACCCUUACCGACACAAAGGCAGACAUUGGCACAGAUGUGGUGUUGGAGUGCAAAGUUAAGGGCACACCAAAGCCAGAGAUUGUCUGGCUAAGAAGCAAUGUUGAGCUCCUUGGUGACAGAUACCAGACUGAAAACUUAGAGGAAACAGUCAGACUGACAAUCUUAACUGUCAACCUGAAGAUCAAGAUGAAUAUACUGUCAAGGCUAUUAACCCCUCUGGUGUUGCCUCAUGCACAGCAAGCCUGGCUGUACACUUUGAGGCUCCCACAUUUACGUCCUCUGGAAGACUUAGCAGUGAGAGUGAAUGAUACUGCCCACCUAGUCUGCCAGGUGAAGGGCAUACCCCAACCAGAAGUCACAUGGCUGGUAGACAAUAAGCCACUGACUGUGAGCCCAAGGUUCUCCACAACCUUUGAAGGGGAUGAAGCAACUUUAGAGAUUGCAGAGGUCACUUUGGAGGACACUGAGGCGACUUAUACAUGUCAUGCCCAAAAUAUCGCUGGAGAAGCAUCUACAAUAGCUCACCUGCUUGCCCAAGUCCCAGCCAAAAUUCUAUCAGCACCAUCCUCAAUAAGCACUGUACCUGGAGAAAGUGUAGUGAUAACUAUACACUUUGAGGGUCUGCCAGCUCCUACUCCCACCUGGGCAGUGAAUUCAAUACCACUGGUGGAAGAUGAGAGGCAUAUAAUACAACACACAGCCACAUCAGUCACCCUGAUCAUCCCAUCAGCUGAUGUGUCAGAUUCUGCCACUUUCACUUUGACAGUCAAAAAUGAGACAGGCCAGGAUGAUGUGUCUGUGGAUGUCACAGUCAAAGCACCAACAGAGGAAGUGAUGCCAGAAAAACCAGAAGGACAAGCACCAGUAUUUGUUCUCACCAUUCAACCUCAGACAAUUGAAGAAGGUGAAACCGCCAGUUUUACCUGCAAGGUGUUUGGAAGUCCAGCACCAGAAGUGACAUGGACACAGAAUGACCAGCCACUAAAAGAUGAAGGCCGCUACAUGAUUUUUGAGGAAGAUGGUGUCCAUCAUGUUGAGGUAGAUGAGAUCACCCUCAAAGAUGCUGGGACAUUUACAGCUAUUGCUACAAAUCCUCUUGGCCAAGUUACAUGCUCUGCUGAGCUUCAGGUGAAAGAAAAACCAGUUGAGGCUGCACCCCAAACAGAAGCACCCAGAAUUACUAUACCUACUAAGGAUAUAGAAGCAACUGUUGGUGAGACCAUCAAGUUCUUCUGCAAAGCCACAGGUGUUCCAAAACCAGAUUUUGUGUGGCUGAAGGAUGACCAGGAAAUAAGUCCCACCAAUAGCGAAUUCAUCAUUGAAUACACUGAGAACGUUGAAACAACAUUAACUAUUCCAAAUGUUCAGCCAGAGCAUGAUGCCACCUACACUUGUAAGGCUGUCAACCCAGCAGGAUCAGAUAGUUGCAAGGCAGAGCUGUUUGUCAAAGAAUUUAUUGAGGAAAAAGGAUUCCCACCAGAAUUUAUCAAAGCUCCACAUCAGGUUGUUGCCAGAGAACAUGACUGUGCAAAGUUCCUUGUCAGAGUGGUGGGAAUGCCUGUACCUACAGUUAUCUGGAAGCAUGAGUCUCAGACUCUGGAGGACAAAGAGCUGUACCACUUUGAGCAGUAUGAGGACACUUACUGCUUUGAGAUCAAAGAUGUUGAAAAAGAAGAUGCUGGGCCAUACAUAUGUGUAGCUACAAACUCUGAAGGAGAAGCCACCUGUGAAAUUUCACUUAUUGUAAAAGAAAUACCAAGAGAAGAGCGUUUGUCAGAGUCACCACUUGUCUUAAAAACACAGGAAGAAACACGAUCACCUCAGUUUGUUGAGGUCUUCCAAGACACAUCUGUAAUGGAGGAGAAUGCGCUGCAGCUGACUUGCAGAGUGACUGGGUUACCGCGACCAGAAGUCACCUGGCUUGUAAAUGGCCAUGAACUGGUGGUUACUCCCAAUGUCAAGACUUGGUAUGAUGAUGAGACUGUGAAGCUCAAGAUCAGUUCAACAAAGAUGGACCAGGAGGGCACAUACACAUGUAUAGCUACAAAUCCUGCUGGUUCUGCUGAAUGUUCAGCUUUUGUAACUGUGGAAGGAAAAUCAGAAGCACCAACAUUCACUCGCCAUUUGACAGACAGGGAGUGUCGUGAAGGACGACCUGUGAAAUUUGAAUGUGCAGUCAAGGGGCUACCUAAACCACAAGUCUCCUGGUUCUUGAAUGAACAGCCAGUGGAGUCUGGACUCCGGUUCCAUAUUGAUGAGCGUCCAAGUUUUGCAGAUAUAGUUCACAGUCUUAGCCUUGAAAGCACAGAAGUUGAAGAUGCAGGGUUUGUCAAGGCUGUGGCAACUAACAAAGCUGGUAAAGCCACAACUGAGGCAAAACUUCUCAUUGAAGAAAAGAAAGAAAGUCCCAAAUUCCUCAAGAAACUGGAUAAUCUGGAAGUUUUGGAGACAGAGACAGUCAGACUAGAAGUGGUUGUCAGUGGAAAACCAAAGCCACAAGUAACAUGGCUAAAGGGAGAUAAAGAGCUGAAAGAGAGUGAAGAUGUGCAUUUUGAGGUUUCUGGAGAAACUUACACGCUGGUCCUGGAUCGCUGUACUAUGGACUCAGCAGGUCUCUUUACAGCUCGUGCACAAAACCCAGCUGGACAGCUUUCAUGUAAUGGCCGCCUGAAAGUGAUCCCUGUUAAAAAGCCAACCUUCCAACGCAAGCUGUCAGACACCCUUGUUCCUGAAGGUGGUGUGGCCAAAUUUCAGUGUCAGGUGUCUGGGGUGCCAAUGCCAGAAAUAACUUGGCUUUUGAAUGAUGAAGAGCUUCAGCCAGGUGAAAAUAUCAGAUGUGAGAUAAACCCCAAGGAUGGAACAUGCACCUUACUCAUUACUGGCGCCACACCGACCAUGCAAGGUGAAAUUAAGGCUGUUGCCAAGAAUAAUGGAGGAGAAGUCCUUUGUUCAGCCAAGCUUGAUGUCCGUGGACGUGCACCAACAUUUGUGGAAGCUCCACUAAAAUGCACAGUUCUGGAAGGACACACAGCUGAGUUUCGCUGCAUCAUUGAUGGAGUGCCUACACCUAAGGUGGAGUGGUCUAAAGGCAAAUGGAUGAAGUUACAGGAUGGAGGACGAAACAGAGUAUUCUUUGAUGAGAGUACUGGUGAACAUGUCCUGCAGAUGGAGGGCAUUAAGCCCAAAGAUGCUGGUACAUACACUGUAACGGCUACCAAUGAGCAUGGCACAGAGCAGGCACCAGCCACACUAAUGGUUACUGACAAGCUUGAAGAAGUUGUUGAUUGGAAAGCUCAGUUGAAGCACAGGGAGAUCCAGCGAGAGGCUAAAGAAGAGGAAACAGCUUGGAAUAUUAAAUUAAAGCAUGUGGAAGUUGAGGAGCAGAAGUCUCCCUCACCCGAAGUGACACCUAAACCUCCUUCUCCUGAGAUUGAGCGUCUGGAAUACCAUCCUGCACCAAAGCGAGAACGCCCAGAGCUUGAGUCUGAGCCAGAACCACAUGAGUUUGAAAUAAAGCCAAGGGAACAUGAAGAGCUUGAAGAAUAUCUGCGACCCAAACCGGUGCCACCCCAAGCUCUUACAGCAGAAGAAGAACAGAAGACAGGCUACGUGCGAGCUGUUAAAACUCGAGAAGAAGAAGAGCUUGAAGAAAAAGUUCUUAUUAUACCCAAAGCUAAGUGGCAGUGGAUUGUUCCCCUUGAAGAUCUGAGUGUGAAGGAGCGUGAAGCAGCUAAGUUUGAUUGUGAGCUAUCCAUUCCCAAUGUCAAAGUAGUAUGGCGGGUGGGUGAGCAGGAAAUUGAACCCAGCCCAAAGUACGCCAUCACAGAAGAUGGCAAGACACACACACUACUUAUCAGCAAGUGUCGGCCUAAAGAUUCUGGUCCAGUGUCUUGUGCCUAUGGUGACAUUGUCACAGAAGCCAAUCUAACUGUUGAAGAGGUCCCAGCAGAUUUCACCAUGAAACUUAAAGACACACAGGCCCAAGAGAGUACCAGUGCAACAUUUGUCUGCCUAACCAAUGACGAUGAGUUGCCAGUGCAGUGGCUUGUAAAUGACAAGCCUGUGACACCAUCUGAAAAAUACAAGAUUCAAUCAGAUGGCUUUCAACACACAUUUACCAUCUCUGAUCUCUCUCCUGAUGAUAACUGUGAGGUCACAGUUGUCAUUGGUGAUAACAGUUCUAGUGCUAAGCUUACUGUUGAAGAAAUCAGUGUUGACUUCUCAGUGCCACUGAAGGACGUUACUGUCACAGAGGGCAACACAGCAGAAUUUCAGUGUACCCUCACUAUGCCUGUGGACAAGAGUAAGGUCCACUGGUUUAUUAACAACAAAGAGAUUCAGGAAGAUGAGAAGUAUGAAUUUAUUUCUGAUGGAACAAUACAGAAGCUGACCAUUAAAGAUUCAACACCAGCAGAUGCAGGAGUAGUGACCAUUAAAAUUGGUGAGAAAGAAUCGUCAGCCAGCUUCACUGUAGAAGAGAUUGCUGUUGACUUCAGCAUUCCACUCAAAGAUCAGACAGUCUACGAGAAAUCAAUUGUAGAGUUCACAUGUGAACUGACCAGAGAGGUUGACGGUGUGUUGUGGUUCCUUGAUGAGGAAGAGCUUAAGCCCAGUGACACUGUUGAAAUCAUAAAAGAUGGUCCCCAUCAUAAGCUUAUUAUCCAUGAUGUCACUCUUGAAGAUGCUGGUGAGGUAAAAGUUAAGGUUGGAGACCUGACAUCAUCAGCAGUCCUCACUGUCCAGGAGCUGCCUGUGGAGUUUGUUGUCCCUCUCAAUGAUGUGAGCGUGAUGGAAACGGAGACAGCAGAAUUUGUCUGUGAGUUGUCAAAGGAUAUAGAGAAGGUGCAGUGGUUCUUAGAUGAUGUUGAGUUGAAUGAGAGUGACCGCAUAGAGUUUGUAAAAGAGGGUCUCAGGCACAAGCUGCUUGUCCGCAACUCUUCUAUUGAUGAUGAGGGCCUCAUUACAGUACAGGCAGGAGACAAAAAAUCUACGGCAUCCCUGUUCAUCAGAGAUCUUCCUCCUGAGUUUAUUAGACCACUUCAGAACCAGGAAGUAAAUGAGGGUGACAGUGUCAUAUUUGAGUGUGAACUGAACAUGGACAAUACGACAGCCAAAUGGUUCCAUGAUGGUCAUGAAAUCAGUGAUGAUAGGCACUAUAAAAUUGUCCGUGAAGGGAGAGUUCAUCGACUUAUCAUCAUAGACGCCAUCUUACCUGAUGCUGGAGACAUUACUGCCAAAGUGGAGGACAAAUCUACAACUUCCACUCUAACAGUGCAUGAAGUUCCUGUCGAGUUCAUGGCAGAACUCAAGGAAAUCCACACAGAAGAGCACAAGAUUGCCUAUUUCCAAUGUGAGGUCAACAAAGAUGAUGUCACUGUCACGUGGAUGAAGGACAAUGAAGUCAUUACUCCCAGCAACAAGCACAUUAUGGAACAUGAUGAGCGUAUUCACACGCUUGUUAUCAAAGAUGUAGAUUCCAAUGAUGUUGCUGAGUAUGCAGUAGUUGUAGGGGACAGAAAGAGUUCAGCCCGCCUCCAUCUAGAUGAGCUUCCCCUCAAUCUCAGUCUCAGCGUGAAGCGAUUUACAGUGGACUCGGAGUCCCUUGCUGUGUUCAUAUGUAAUGUUUCCAAAGUUGACUUGCGUGUUUCGUGGUACCGAGGCGACAGAAAGCUACACCCUAGCUUCAAAUAUGAGAUUCUCAAUGAAGGCUGCAUGCAUAAGCUUGUUGUGCAUAGAUUGAACAUUGAGGAUUAUGAUGACUACAUUGUGGUCAUUGGCAGUCGCCGUUUGACUGGAAUCACACUGAAGGAAGAAGCACCACUGGAAUUCACUAUUCCAUUGUCAGAACAAACCUGCAAAGAAGGAGAAACAGUCACCUUUUUGUGUGAAGUCACUGAAACCAAUGUUCCUGCCAAGUGGUUCAAGAAUGGAAUGGAACUUCAGCCAUCAGAGACCAUGUCCAUGGAGAUGGAUGGCAAAGUGCAUCGUCUUGUGCUGCGUGACACCCAUAUGGAGGAUACUGCUGAAUACACAGUUAUCAUCAAAGACAAAGAUAGCAGUGCCAAGCUCACUGUGGAAGAAAUUGCUGCUGACUUCACAUUGAAGCUUAACGACACUGAAGCACAGGAGAAAGACACAGUGUCCUUGUCUUGUGAGGUCAGCAAACCAGAUGUCAUGGUCGACUGGCUUCUUAAUCAGGAGAUUCUUAAACCUAGCGACAAAUACAAUAUGGAGCAGGAUGGGACAACACACACACUUACCAUCCAGGAAGUUUCACCUGAUGAUUCUGGCACAUACACUGCUCGCUGUGGUGGCAAUGAAACCUCUGCAUCCCUGACAAUCAAAGAAACUCCACUGGAAAUCAUCGUUCCUCUGAAAAAGACAGAGUGUACAGAAGGGGAUUCCGUCACCUUGACAUGUGAGGUUAACAUGCCAGACAAACCAGCACGUUGGUUCAAGGAUAAAACAGAAAUCUUUCCAACAGAAGAGUGCCAGCUCAAAGUGGAGGGAACAGUACAUACUCUGACCAUACCAAGGGCCACUCUUGAGGAUGAGGCAGAAUACACCAUCUGUAUUGGUGAUAAGACCUCCACAGCACUUUUGCUUGUGGAAGAAAGUCCUGUUCACAUUACACGGCCACUGUGCGACACUGAGUGCCUUGAGGGAGAGACUGUGAGCUUUGUGUGUGAGGUCUCGAAACCUGGUGUACCUGCUAUGUGGCUGAAGGAUGGUGUACCCAUCACAGAAGAUGAUGGCUUUGAGUUUAUCACAGAUGGCUGUACACACAUACUAAAAAUACCUGAGGCCACACCUGACCAUGAUGCUGUUUACACCAUCAAGAUCAAUGGCAGCAAGUCCAUUGCCAAGCUUUUUGUUGAAGAGGAGACCCCUGACUUCAGAGCCAGGCUGAAAGAUGUAUCAGGGCGUGAAGGUGACGACGUUGAACUAGAGUGCCUGCUGACCAAAGCAAACAUCCCAGUUCGCUGGCUGAAAAACCGCAAACCUCUUACUCCAUCAGACCGCAUCAAGAUUGUGUGUGAUCGCUACCGCCACAUGCUGCGCAUAAUGGAAACAAUUCCAGAAGAUGAGGGUGAAUACACAGUUAUCUUGGGUGAUGACAAAGAAUCUUCAGCCACCCUCACAAUCUAUGAAAUACCUACCCAGUUCACAAAAGAUCUGCGGGACCAGGAGGUACUUGAACAGGAGACUAUUGAACUUGAAUGUGAGCUCUCUAAAAAAGGAAAACCUGUCAAGUGGCUGAAGGAUGGAAUGGAAAUAAUUCCUGGUGGCCGAAUUGAGAUUGUAUAUGACAGAUUCCUGCAUCAGCUGAUUAUUGAAGAUGCCACUUUGGAAGAUAUGGGGCGCUAUUCUUGUGUUUGUGGUGAUGUGUCCACAUCUGCUAAUGUGAAAGUUGAAGAGCUUCCUGUGGAAAUUCUGAAACCCCUCCAUGAUGUGACCGCUACAGAAGGCCAGCCCAUUACACUUGAGUGUGAAGUUUCCAAACCCAACGUGCCUGCUCGUUGGCUUAAAGAUGGGAAAGUUCUUGAGCCAUCAGAGCGGUAUCACCUUGUUGUGGAUGGUACCAUACACAAACUGGAGAUUCCUGCAUCCGAACUUGAUGAUGAAGCUGAUUACACUAUUGAAGUGAGAGACAAGAGCAGCAAAGCCAUGGUGCUGGUUGAAGAAAUUGCUUUGGAGAUCCUCAGCCCUCUGUCUGAUCAGAAGGUGGAAGAAAAGCAGCCAUUCACAUUCACAUGUCAAGUGUCAAAGCCUAAUGCUAAGGCUCGAUGGCUCAAGGAUGGCCAAGAAAUUACACCAGCAGAUGAUGUUGAGAUUUCUCAUGAUGGACAGAUUCACACUCUCACAAAGAAAGAUGCUAGUCUAGAUGACAAAGGAAAAUAUACUGUUGUGAUUGAAAAUAAAUCUAGCUCAGCAAUGCUCAGUGUUACAGAACUACCAACAACAUUCGUGCGACCUCUUGCCAACAUCACUGUAACUGAACACCAGAAACUUGCCCUGGAGUGUGAAGUCAGUCGCCCUGACAAACCAGCACAGUGGUUCAAAGAUGAUGUUCCUGUGGCAGCUUCUGCUCGAAUCCGUCUGACGUCUGAAGGUGGAGUGCAUCGUCUAGAGACUGACUCUGCAGAGUUAGACGAUGAAGCUGUGUACAGAGUAGUUGUCAAUGGUGCAGAAAGUUCAGCUGAAGUCUUUAUUGAAGAACUACCUACCACCAUUGUGCGCCCACUGGCCAACAUCACUGUUACUGAACACCAGAAACUUGCCCUGGAGUGCGAAGUCAGUCGCCCUGACAAACCAGCACAGUGGUUCAAAGAUGAUGUUCCUGUGACAGCUUCUGCUCGAAUCCGUCUGACGUCUGAAGAUGGAGUGCAUCGUCUAGAGAUUGACUCUGCAGAGUUAGACGAUGAAGCUGUGUACAGAGUAGUUGUCAGUGGUGCAGAAAGUUCAGCUGAAGUCUUUAUUGAAGAACUACCUACCACCAUUGUGCGCCCACUGGCCAACAUCACUGUUACUGAACACCAGAAACUUGCCCUGGAGUGCGAAGUCAGUCGCCCUGACAAACCAGCACAGUGGUUCAAAGAUGAUAGUCCUGUGGCAGCUUCUGCUCGAAUCCGUCUGACGUCUGAAGGUGGAGUGCAUCGUCUAGAGAUUGACUCUACAGAGUUAGACGAUGAAGCUGUGUACAGAGUAGUUGUCAAUGGUGCAGAAAGCUCUGCUGAAGUCUUUAUUGAAGAGCUACCUACCACCAUUGUGCGCCCACUGGCUAACAUCACUGUAACUGAACACCAGAAACUUGCCCUGGAGUGCGAAGUCAGUCGCCCUGACAAACCAGCACAGUGGUUCAAAGAUGAUGUUCCUGUGACAGCUUCUGCUCAAAUCCGUUUGACAUCUGAAGGUGGUGUGCAUCGUCUAGAGAUUGACUCUGCAGAGUUAGACGAUGAAGCUGUAUACAGAAUAGUUGUCAAUGGUGCAGAAAGCUCUGCUGAAGUCUUGGUGAAAGAACUACCGACUACAUUUGUACGACCAUUGGCCAACAUCACUGUGAUAGAACACCAAAAACUGGUCUUGGAAUGUGAGGUUAGUCGCCCUGACAAGCCAGCGCAGUGGUUCAAAGAUGAUGUUCCUGUGACAGCUUCUGCUCGCAUCCGCCUGACUUCUGAAGGUGGAGUGCACAGACUGAUUAUUGACUGCGUGGAGCUGGAUGAUGAGGCGGUUUACAAAGUUGUCAUUGGUGGCAAUGAAAGUACAGCUGAAGUCUUGGUAGAAGAAGAACCAGUGGAAUUCACCAGGAAGCUUAGGGACAUUGAAGUUACAGAAAAAGAAACAGCUGUCUUUAAAUGUGAAAUGAGCAAGCCUGAUUUGGAAGCCAUUUGGUUGCACAAUGGCCAGUCAGUCUCAGUGGAAGAUGGAUUUGAUAUUAAGAUAGAGAAAACUAUCCAUUCUCUGGUCCUAGAGGAUGUAUCAGUGGAAGAUGCUGGCAUCUACAGCAUUAAAGUUGGAGACAAAAUCAGUGAAGGAAGAUUAUCAGUGAAAGAACUGCCUGUUGAGUUCACCAAGCCACUUAAAGAUCUGGAAGUGAUAGAAAAAAUGCCUCUGGUCCUGAGCUGUGAAGUAAACAAACCAGACAGACCUGCAAAAUGGCAACGCAAUGGUCAGGAUGUGACACCUACUGACCAUAUCCAGAUCACUGCUGAUGGCUGCACCCACACUCUUUCAAUCUCUUCUGCUAAUCUGGAGGAUGAGGCUGUGUACAAAUGCAUUGUGGGUGACAAAAAGUCAUCAGGACGAGUCACAGUAAAAGAAGAGCCACUGACCAUACUGAAGCCACUGAUCGAUCAAACAUUAAUGGAGUACCAGCCUCUGGUGCUAGAAUGUGUGGUGUCCAAGCCAAAUCGUUCUGCCACAUGGUACAAAGACGGAUCUAAACUGACAUCAUCUGACCACCUGACUAUCAUUUCCGAAGAUAAGAAGCAUAUACUCACCAUUGACAGACUAGCAAUGGAUGAUGAAGCUGAAUAUUCCAUCAAGGUAGAAGAUUUGACAUCCAAGUGUACUGUCCUUGUUGAAGAAGAAGACCUGGAGUUUGUUCGCAAGCUUGAGGACAUUGAUGUAAAAGAAAUUCCUGGCACAGCACUGUUUGAGUGCGAAGUAAACAAAGUCAGUACAGUGGCAGAGUGGUUCUUCAACAAUCAGCCUUUGACGGCUAGUGACAAGUAUGAGAUGGAGAGCAAAGGCGUUAUUCAUCGCCUUAAGGUCAAGGAUGUGGAUGGCAGAGAUGAAGGUGACUACAAAGUUGCUGUCAGAGGCAAAACAUCUGAAGCUGGACUCUUCGUGGAAGUGCCACCCAAGAUUUUCUUGGACAAGAAAUACGAUGAGACUAUCUACCUGUAUGCUGGUCAAUCCACAGCCUUUGAGGUGCCCUUCACUGGUAAUCCUCAGCCAAUAGUUACUUGGACUUUUAAUGAGGGUGAUCUCCCUGAUAAGAUUCGCAUGGAGACAGAAACUAUAUACAACAUGACCACAAUACGUAUGAGCCAUGUGAAGCGUACAGAUACUGGAAGCUACACAGUAACGCUCAGCAAUGACAAUGGAAAAGCUGUUAUUAGCAUCAAACUGGUUGUACUUGAUAAGCCUUCUGCACCACAGAAUGUCACUGUAACAGACAUCACUGCUGAGACAGCUACUGUCACCUGGGAGACCCCAGAAGAUGAUGGUGGAAAGCCUAUCACACAGUAUGUCAUUGAGAAACGUGAGGCCAACAGGCAAUCUUGGAAGAGGAUUGGUGACACACCAUCACUGCAGUUGCCUGUAUCAGACCUAGUAGAGAAUGCCCAGUACAUCUUCCGUGUAUUUGCACAGAAUGAUGUUGGUCUCAGUGAACCAACAGAGUCUGAAAUUAUCACAGCAAAGAAUCCAUUCACGGUACCUGAUGCACCAGACGCACCUACUGUGACAGAUGUCAUGCACGACUCAGCUGUUGUGUCCUGGCAGCAGCCAGCUAAUGAUGGUGGGUCUCCAGUGACUGGAUACACCAUUGAGCGUCAAUCAUCUUACAGCCCUCGCUGGGUGAUAGUGAACAAGACUCCUGUGCAAAACCUGAGCUUGAAGGUAGAUGAUCUAAUAGAAGACAAUGUCUACCAGUUCCGUGUCAUUGCACGUAAUAAGGCUGGUCCCAGUGAGCCAAGCAAACCCUCUGACAGUAUUGUGGCUAAAGACCCUUGGAAUGUUCCUGGCAAGCCAGGCACACCAGAUAUCACUGGCACAGACCAGAGCUCUGUGGCUCUGAAGUGGACACCACCUGAAACAGAUGGAGGCAGUCCUAUCACAAACUAUGUGGUUCAGUACCGACCUAUUAGCGCUACACAGUGGAUUCAAGCUAAUGAAGCCUUCAUUGUUCCUGAUACAACUUUUAGUGUCACAGGCCUGAGGGAGAAUGCUGAGUAUGUGUUCCGUGUGGCAGCUGAGAAUCGUGCAGGUGCUGGUGAACCAUCAUCUCCAACAAAACCUGUCAAGGUUGUCAAACCACUUGUUGGCACAUCACCUAUGCUGCUAGAACCACUGCAGGACACCACAGUUGUUGCACCUGGUGAUGCCAUUCUUGAAUGUGACAUAGAUGUCGGAGAGCCUGAGGCAGAAAUUAAAUGGUUCCGUGGCAAGAAAGAAGUAAAGAAGAGCCCCAAGUAUGAAAUGAGCUACGAGGAUGAAGUGGCAUCUCUUGUAAUUCAUAAAACUGAGCCUGACGAUGCAGACGUGUAUCGCUGUGAGGCUUCCAAUCCACUUGGGCGUGUUCAGACAGAAGGCCUGCUAACAGUGCACACUCACCCAGUCCUGGAGUAUGACAACAGACUCAAGAGUGCACAGACAAUCCGGGCUGGCUCCACUCUAGUGCUAAAGGUCAACACCACUGGAAUCCCAUCCCCAUCAGUAUCUUGGAUGCUCGACAAUGAGCCACUACAAAAAUCAGAUCGAAUCAGCAUUGAGACCACAGAUGAAUACAGCAAAUUGACUCUCAAAAAUGCUCUUCUUGAUGACUCUGGGGUUUAUACUAUCUGUGCUGAAAAUGUUGUUGGCAGGGCUGAGGCUGACUUUGAUGUCAAAGUGAAAGAUAAACCUGGCAAGCCUAACAAUCUGCAUGUUAUUGAAGUCCUAAAAGAUCAGAUAGCCAUUGCUUGGGAACCUCCAACCUCCACAGGCAAUUGUCCCCUGAAGGGCUAUGUGAUUGAGAAACGAGAUGCCAAACGCAAUACAUGGACUCCAGUUCAGCGUGUUGACAACAUAACUGUGAUGUAUUCAGUGCAGAAACUUCUGGAAGGCAAUGAAUACUUCUUCCGUGUGGCAGCUGAGAAUGAGAUAGGAGUAGGAGAAGCUGCUGAGCUCUUUGAUGGCAUAGUGCCCAAGAGUCCCUAUGAUGUUCCUGAUGCACCUAAGAAGCUGCAGCCUAGUGAGAUCACCCAUUCAUCAGUCACCCUGACAUGGGAGCCACCAGAGAGUGAUGGAGGAUCUGUCAUCACAGGUUACGCUGUAGAGAGGAAGUCACCGGCAAGCCCCCGAUGGACAAGAGUAAACAAGAGUCCUAUCAGAGAUACAGUGUACACAGUGAUGGAUCUUGUAGAAGGCAAUGAAUAUGAGUUCAGGGUCUUGGCAGAGAAUGCUGCGGGCUUCAGCAAACCUUCAGAACCUACCCUGCCCAUAAAGGCUGUUGAUCCAUACAAUAAACCUGAUGCUCCUGGCAGACCAGAGGCAAUAGACAUCAAUAAGGAGUCUGUCACCCUAAAAUGGCUUCCACCAGACAGUGAUGGUGGCAGUGCUAUCUUCAACUAUGUUGUGGAAAUGAGAGUGAGUGGUUCCUCAAGAUGGCUUCCUGCAAGCCAGAACAUAAAGGUGCCAGAUAGCAGCUUUAUUGUCAGACAGUUGACCAAGGGAACAGAAUAUGAGUUCCGAGUCAGUGCAGAAAACAAAGCUGGAAUUGGACCCCCAUCUCCACCUUCCUUGCCAGUCACAGCUCGCAAACCUCUCACGGGUGAAGCCCCUACUGUGCUGGAAGGUUUACCUGACCUGGCUGUGAUGGAGGGAGAUACUACAGUAUUUGAAUGCAAGAUCAGUGGUGAGCCUGUACCAAGCAUCAAAUGGCUGAAGGAACAGAGGGAAAUAGUGGAGGACAAACGCCAUAGCAUGCUGUAUGACGAGUGUGUUGCCUCCCUUACUGUGAGAGACACAACACAGAAGGAUGCUGGAACCUAUACCUGUGAAGCUAGCAAUGAUUUAGGCACAGUCACCACAUCUGGUGUUCUAGAGAUACAAGCCGCACCUACUCUUGAAUUUGACAACAAAUUCCGUGACCUUAUAAGUCUACACAUAGGCGCCACCCUGAAAAUUCCAGUCAAGGUGGGAGGUAUCCCAACACCUCAGAUUACCUGGGCUAAAGAAGAGAACCCACUGCGUCCAGGGGGACGCAUCGCCAUCAGCGUGCAAGACGACAGCACCACUCUGACCGUGAAGAAAGUAACCAAGGAAGAUGAUGGCUUAAUCACCCUUACUGCAGAAAACCAAGUGGGUGAAACCAAGGCCAAAUUUGAUGUGGAGGUGCUAGAUGUACCUGCUGCACCAGAAGGCCCGAUGGAAGUGACAGAUAUUACAGACACUUCAGUUACAUUGCACUGGAAACCUCCUAAAGAUGAUGGGGGCAUUGACAUUAGAAGCUACAUCAUAGAGCGCCGUGACACCAAGCGCCCUGUCUGGAGCAGAAUGGGCAGUGUUGAUGGUGUGACCCUUGAUUUCAAGGCCACAGGGUUGCAGGAAGGGACAGAAUAUCUGUUCCGUGUGUUUGCUGAAAAUGAAGUAGGACUUUCUGAGCCUCUUGAAUCUACCACAAAAGUGAUCCCCAAGAGUCCAUUUGAUAAACCUGAUGCUCCCGAAGGUCCCUUGCAGGCAUCAGAUAUUAAAGAAGACAGUGUUACUCUCACUUGGAAACCACCGAAGUCAGAUGGUGGAUCUCUAGUCACUGGCUACAUUGUUGAGAAACGAGAUGCUCGAAAGACAACGUGGUCCAAGGUAGCUUCUACAGAUUCACAAAUGCUCACCUGUAAAGCAAGCAAGCUACUUUCAGGGACACCAUACAUAUUCCGUGUUAUGGCUAUAAACAAGGAGGGAAUGAGCUUACCACUUGAAUCUGAAGAAGUUGUCCCACAGAAACCACCAGAAACUCCAGGAAAACCUGUUGGCCCCAUUAAGUUUAGUCAAGUAUUGUCUGACUCGGUGACCCUUGCCUGGACACCACCGAAGAAAGAUGGCGGUUCACCUGUUGUUGCCUAUACCAUUGAACUGACGGAUGAUGCUGGGAAAAACUGGAAGCACAUUGGUACUGUCGAGGCUGUUCACACCAUCUACACAGCCGAAGGUCUUUCAGAAGGGCAGGAUUACAAAUUCAGAGUUUGCGCUGUGAACAGCGUAGGGCCAAGUGAGCCUCUUGUGUCAGACAGCAUCAGACCAGAAAGGAAAAUUGGUAAACCUGCAAAACCAGAGGGACCUUUAGAAGCUGUUGACAUUCAGCGAAACUCUGUCACCUUGAAGUGGAAACCACCCAAAGAAGAUGGUGGCUCACCACUUACUGGCUAUGUUAUAGAAAAACAAGAUGUCAAGUAUGGCAGCUGGUCUAAAGUGGGUAAGGUGGAGCCCACUGUUACUGAAUUUUGUGCUAUAGACCUCCAGGAAAAAUCCAACUAUCUCUUCAGAGUGAUGGCAGUCAACAAGGCUGGACAGAGUGAGCCACUGGAAAUGGAUAAGCCUGUCACUGCCAAGAGUCCUUUUGAUGUACCUGGUAAGCCUAAAGGACCACUUGAGAUCAGUAAUGUGACCGACAAGUCUGCUGACCUGAAGUGGAAUCCACCAGAAAGUGAUGGAGGCAGUCCACUGACAGCUUACAUCAUUGAGGUGCGUCCAGACUCCAGAUCCACAUGGACAAAGGCAGGAAGUGUGGAUGGCAAUAGUACAACCUUCACUGUACCUGACCUCAAAGAGGGAACAGAAUAUCACUUCCGGGUCAUGGCUGUCAACGCAGAGGGUCAGAGUGCACCACUGGAGGCUGUAGACACAGCUAAACCAGCCAAGAAGAAAGUUCCACCUGGUCCUCCCAGAGAUCUGCGAGCUGCACGUGUUGGUCCAGACUAUGUCACUCUAGAAUGGAAACCACCAGCAGAAGAUGGAGGUGCCAAGGUGACCCAAUACCGUGUGGAGAAGUGUGAGGAAACCAGUGAGGAGUGGGUGAAGGUGGAGGAUGUCAAAUCCCUUGACACAGCCUACAAAGUGACAGAUCUCAAGGAAGGCGUGGGGUACUACUUCUCAGUGUCUGCAAAGAAUGAGGUUGGCUUUGGUGAACCAUGUGAGACAGAAGCUGCCAUCACACCCAAGAAACCUGAAGGUCCCCCAGGCCCACCAACUGCUCCUCUCACUGCAGAGGACAUAGACAAGACAUCAGUGACUUUGUCAUGGAAACCUCCAACAGAAGAUGGAGGAUCUCCUCUCACAGGCUACAUUUUAGAACGCCGAGAAUCCACUCGCACCACCUGGACCAAACUGGACCGCAUAGGACCAGACACAUUGUUAUAUAAAGCACUGAACCUGAUAGAAGGCAAUGAGUACUACUUCCGUGUUUCAGCUGAGAACAAACAUGGAGUCAGCUCACCACUGGAGACAGACUCUGCUGUAAAGCCCAAGAGUCCAUAUGAUGUACCUAGCAAGCCUAGAGGACCACUGGAGAUCAGUAAUGUAACAGACAAGUCUGCUGACCUGAAGUGGAAUCCACCAGAAAGUGAUGGAGGCAGUCCACUGACAGCUUACAUCAUUGAGGUGCGUCCAGACUCCAGAUCCACAUGGACAAAGGCAGGAAGUGUGGAUGGCAGUAGUACCACCUUCACUGUACCUGACCUCAAAGAGGGAACAGAAUAUCGCUUCCGGGUCAUGGCUGUCAACGCAGAGGGUCAGAGUGCUCCUCUGGAGGCUGUAGACACAGCUAAACCAGCCAAGAAGAAAGUUCCACCUGGUCCUCCCAGAGAUCUGCGAGCUGCACGUGUUGGUCCAGACUAUGUCACUCUAGAAUGGAAACCACCAGCAGAAGAUGGAGGUGCCAAGGUGACCCAUUACCGUGUGGAGAAGUGUGAGGAAACCAGUGAGGAGUGGGUGAAGGUGGAGGAUGUCAAAUCCCUUGACACAGCCUACAAAGUGACAGAUCUCAAGGAAGGCGUGGGGUACUACUUCUCAGUGUCUGCAAAGAACGAGGUUGGCUUUGGUGAAGCUUGUGAAACAGCAGCUGCCAUCACACCCAAGAAACCUGAAGGUCCCCCAGGCCCACCAACUGCUCCACUCAAUGCAGAGGACAUGGACAAGACAUCAGUGACUUUGUCCUGGAAACCUCCAACAGAAGAUGGAGGAUCUCCUCUCACAGGCUACAUUUUAGAACGCCGAGAAUCCACUCGCACCACCUGGACCAAACUGGACCGCAUAGGACCAGACACACUGUCAUACAAAGCACUGAACCUGAUAGAAGGCAAUGAAUACUUCUUCCGUGUUUCAGCUGAGAACAAACAUGGAGUCAGCUCACCACUGGAGACAGACUCUGCUGUAAAGCCCAAGAGUCCAUAUGAUGUACCUAGCAAGCCUAGAGGACCACUGGAGAUCAGUAAUGUAACAGACAAGUCUGCUGACCUGAAGUGGAAUCCACCAGAAAGUGAUGGAGGCAGUCCACUGACAGCUUACAUCAUUGAGGUGCGUCCAGACUCCAGAUCCACAUGGACAAAGGCAGGAAGUGUGGAUGGCAGUAGUACCACCUUCACUGUACCUGACCUCAAAGAGGGAACAGAAUAUCACUUCCGGGUCAUGGCUGUCAACGCAGAGGGUCAGAGUGCUCCACUGGAGGCUGUCGACACAGCUAAACCAGCAAAGAAGAAAGUUCCACCUGGUCCUCCCAGAGAUCUGCGAGCAGCACGUGUUGGUCCAGACUAUGUCACUCUAGAAUGGAAACCACCAGCAGAAGAUGGAGGUGCCAAGGUGACCCAUUACCGUGUGGAGAAGUGUGAGGAAACCAGUGAGGAGUGGGUGAAGGUGGAGGAUGUCAAAUCCCUUGACACAGCCUACAAAGUGACAGAUCUCAAGGAAGGCGUGGGGUACUACUUCUCAGUGUCUGCAAAGAACGAGGUUGGCUUUGGUGAAGCAUGUGAAACAGCAGCUGCUAUUACACCCAAGAAACCUGAAGGUCCCCCAGGCCCACCAACUGCUCCACUCACUGCAGAUGACAUAGACAAGACAUCAGUGACUUUGUCAUGGAAACCUCCAACAGAAGAUGGAGGAUCUCCUCUCACAGGCUACAUUUUAGAACGCCGAGAAUCCACUCGCACCACCUGGACCAAACUGGACCGCAUAGGACCAGACACAUUGUUAUAUAAAGCACUGAACCUGAUAGAAGGCAAUGAAUACUUCUUCCGUGUUUCAGCUGAGAACAAACAUGGAGUCAGCUCACCACUGGAGACAGACUCUGCUGUAAAGCCCAAGAGUCCAUUUAAUGCACCUAGCAAGCCUAGAGGACCACUGGAGAUCAGUAAUGUAACAGACAAGUCUGCUGAUCUGAAGUGGAAUCCACCAGAAAGUGAUGGAGGCAGUCCACUGACAGCUUACAUCAUUGAGGUGCGUCCAGACUCCAGAUCCACAUGGACAAAGGCAGGAAGUGUGGAUGGCAGUAGUACCACCUUCACUGUACCUGACCUCAAAGAGGGAACAGAAUAUCACUUCCGGGUCAUGGCUGUCAACGCAGAGGGUCAGAGUGCACCACUGGAGGCUGUAGACACAGCUAAACCAGCCAGAAAGAUAUCACUCCCAGGCCCUCCAGAAGGUGUGCAUGCUGCUCGUGUGGGUCCUGACUAUGUCACUCUAGAAUGGAUGCCUCCUUCAGAUGAUGGAGGGUCAAAGAUAACAGCUUAUCGUAUUGAAAAAUGUGAGGAGACAAGUGAAGAGUGGGUGAAAGUCGAGGACAUCAAGUCUUUGGACACAGCCUACAAAGUGACUGGUCUUAAGGAAGGUGUUGGGUAUUUCUUCUCAGUGUCUGCCAAGAACCAGGUUGGCUUUGGUGAACCAUGUGAAACAGAGGCAGUUAUCAAACCUAAGAAACCUGAAGAACGACCAGGGCCACCCACAGGACCACUUCUUGUCUCUGACAUUGACUUAACUUCAGCUACUUUGACCUGGCAGCCUCCACAAGAUGAUGGUGGAGCACCCAUCACAGCUUACAUAGUGGAGCGCAGGGAGUCAGGGCGCAGCAAAUGGACCACAUUAGACCACCUAGAUGCUGAUACUCUCACUCUGAAGGCCAUCAAUCUUAUUGACAGCUGCGAUUAUUAUUUCCGUGUCAUGGCUCAGAACAGAAUUGGUCUUAGUGAACCUUUGGAGACCGAAAAAUCUGUCAAACCUCAGAGUCCUUUCACAAAGCCAUCCAAACCUGUUGGACCACUUGAGAUCAGCAAUGUGACCGACAAGUCUGCUGACCUGAAAUGGAAUCCACCAGAAAGUGAUGGAGGCAGUCCACUGACAGCUUACAUCAUUGAGGUGCGUCCAGACUCCAGAUCCACAUGGACAAAGGCAGGAAGUGUAGAUGGCAACAGUACUGCUUUCACUGUACCUGAUCUUCAAGCAGAUACAGAAUACCACUUCCGAGUCAUAGCAGUCAAUGCAGAGGGUCAGAGUUCACCUCUUGAAGCCAAAGACACAGCUAAGCCUGUAAAGAAGAUAGUACCCCCAGGUCCACCUUCAAGUCUCCGUGUCAGCAAGAUUGGACCAGAUUUUGUUACCCUUGAUUGGAAGGCACCAUUGGAAGAUGGUGGAUCCAGAAUUUCUGGCUAUCGCCUGGAAAUAUGUGAUGAAAGCUCAGAUCAGUGGGUCAAGCUUGCUGACCUCAAGGCAUUUGAUACAAAUUUUAAGGUGACAAACCUGAAAGACACUGUCAGCUACCUAUUUGCUGUGUCUGCCCAGAAUGCUGCUGGCUAUGGUGAGCCAUGCGAGACAGAGACAGCAGUCAGCCCCAAGAAACCUGAAGGUCCGCCAUCCAAACCAGUUGGGCCACUCAAAGCAAAAGAAAUUGAACGCACUUCCAUUGCACUCGAGUGGCAGCCACCAACCAGUGAUGGAGGUUCUCCUAUCGCAGGCUACAUUUUGGAAAAACGUGACUCAGGCCGACCAACCUGGACUCGUGUGGAAAAACUUAUGCCAAACAAGACAUCAUACAAGGUUCAGAAUCUGCUCGAGGGCUCGGAGUACUACUUCCGAGUCAGUGCAGAAAACAAACAUGGAACCAGUGAGCCUCUAGAAACAGAGGUAACAGUCAAGCCCAAGAGUCCAUUUGAUAAACCAUCCAAACCGACAGGCCCUAUCAGAUUCUCUGAUGUCACAAAGGAUUCCAUCACUCUUUCAUGGCAGCCUCCUGAUAGUGAUGGCGGCCUACCCAUUAACAAGUACAAUAUUGAGUACCGAGACACACGCAGGACAGCUUGGGUGAAAGCUGGCUCAGUUUCCAAGGAGAACACUAGCUUCACUUGUGCAGACCUGAUUGAGGGUAAUGAGUAUAUCUUCCGUGUCACUGCUCUCAACGAUGAGGGUGAAAGUCCACCCCUUGAGUCAAAGGAAACCGUGAAACCUCAGAGGGAAAUAACAACCCCAAGCAGUCCAGCAAACAUCUCCAUCAAGGACACAGGAAAGGAUUUCAUCACUGUAGAAUGGUCAGCACCCAAAGACAAUGGAGGCUCAAAAGUAACAGGCUACACAGUCAUGUACCGAGAUGAGGAUUCAGAUGACUGGACUCAAGCAGGAAGUGUAGGAUCUCUGGAGACAAGCUUCACAGUCAAAGAUCUGUCUUUGGACAAGAAGUACUAUUUUGCUGUGGCAGGUGAAAACAAGAAGGGCUUGGGAGAUCGAAUAGAGACAACAUCUCCGGCAUCACCAAAGAAACCACUGCAAAAACCAUCACCACCAGAAGGUCCCAUUAAGUUUACAGACAUCCAGCGAACAUCUGUUACCUUCACUUGGGGCCCAUCACCCUAUGAUGGAGGCACACCAGUCACAAACUACAUUCUGGAAAUGAGAGAGACUUGGAAGAUAACCUGGUCUCCUGUGACCAUAGUAAAACCAGACAUCACUUCCUAUUGUGUCCAGAAUCUGAAAGAAGGAACAGAGUAUUUCUUCCGUGUUAUUGCUGAGAAUGCUGUUGGCAAAUCAGAGCCACUGGAAUCUGAUGGCGUUGUGCCCAAAAACCCCUAUGCACCUCCAAGUAUGCCAGAAGGACCCUUGGAAGCAUGUGAUAUCACAGCUAACAGUUUGACAUUGAACUGGAAACCACCAUUAACUGAUGGAGGUCAGCCUCUUACAGGCUAUCUCCUUGAGAGCCGUGAUGUCCGUCGUCCAGUGUGGUCUCCAGUUGCCACACUUCCACCUGAUGCCACCAGCUACACAGUCAAGAAUCUGGUGACCAACAAUGAGUAUAACUUCCGCAUAAUUGCCCAGAACUCAGAAGGCAAGAGUGCUCCACUGGAAAACAUCAAACCUUUCAAACCAACUCGUGCUGCAGAAGUACCUUCAGUCCCUCGUGGUUCCCUGCAAGUGACAAACUUAACAGACAACUCAGCAUCACUGCAGUGGCAGGCUCCAGAGGACAGUGGUGGAGCAGAUCUAACCCAUUACUUGGUUGAUGUGAGCGUUGAUGGUGGUGACUGGAUAAAUCUGGGUAAAGUGGACAGCUACUCCACAAAGUUCCGUUGCCAGGACCUCAAGACUGAUGCCACUCAUGUCUUCAGAGUAUCUGCAGUUAACAAGGUGGGGGUGGGCAAGGCUUUGGAGUCUCAGCCUGUCAUCCCUUCAAAGCCACCAGAGGCACCAGGAAAACCAGUUGGUCCUUUGGAAGCAAUAGAUAUUCAGAGGACAUCGAUCACAAUCUGCUGGAAGCCUCCUUUGUAUGAUGGAGGCUCCCCUCUGACAGGCUAUAUUGUGGAACGACGUGAGGCCAAACGUACGUUGUGGAGUAAGGUGACAACUGUCAAGCCAGACAUCACAACUUAUCAGGUCCAGAAUCUGGCCGAAGGCAAUGAGUAUGUCUUCCGUGUGUCUGCUGUGAACAAAGAGGGUGUCAGCAAACCAUUAGAAUCAGAUGUCUUCAUGGCAAGAAGCCCAUAUAAUAAACCAGAUGCUCCUGUUGGGCCUCUAAACAUUACCAACAUCACAGAAGACUCUGCUGAUCUGGAAUGGAAGCCUCCACAGUCUGAUGGUGGUAUGCCUCUCACGUCAUACAGCAUUGAGAUGCGAGAUGUUCGACGGACCACUUGGCUAAAGGUUGCUGAUGUUAAGCCAAUGGUGACCACAUUCACAGUCCCAAAACUUGUUCUGGAUAAUGAAUAUCUCUUCCGUGUGGUUGCUGUCAAUGCUGAAGGAGUAAGCCCACCACUGACUUCAACCACUCCUAUAUCGCCAGUCAAAAAACUAGGACCACCCAGUGCCCCUGAGGGCUUACGUGUGAAGAAUGUAGGAAAGGACUAUGCUGAUCUGGACUGGAUUCCCUCAAGGUCAGAUGGUGGUGCAAAGAUCACAGCUUACCGUGUCUACAAGUCAACUGUUCAUCCACCUAUUUGGGAAGAAGUUGCAAAGGCAAAGCCUUAUGACACAUCCUACACAGUGACAAAUCUGAAAGAAGGAACAGAGUACCUAUUUGGGGUGCAUCUGAAAAUGAUAUUGGCCUGAGCAAGAUAAAAGAAACUGAAAUGUUUGUCAAAGCUUCAGUGCCUCUGGAAAAACCAUCAGCACCUUUACCACCAUUGGAGGUUGUUGACCACACCAGAGAGAGCCUAACACUUUCUUGGCAUGCAAGUGAAUCAGAUGGCGGCUCACCGAUCCUUCACUAUGUUCUGGAGCAACGUGAAGG